UUUCAUACAUUAUUUCCUUUUUCUAGUUUUGAGACGUUGUCUUGCCGAAUCGGACACCAGCACUACCGUUAUUGAGCGAAAGACAGAAAUAACGUUCAGCCAACAAUUGACCAGUCCCUUGCUUUGCGUCUCUGACACCCUGCGAUCAUGCGUUCACAUCCACACUGCUUCUCUGAUGUAGCAAUUGUCAAAGUAUUUGUGCUGUGUCACGGUAAACACUGCAAGUUGUGAUAUGAUUAGAAAGAUGUAAGCUUAAUGUACUUCUGCUCUGUAAGGUGUUUGGACCAUAAGAGUUAUGCUGAAAUGAGCGUUGUUUUAUAGCACGAUUUUAGAAAGAGAACUCCUGAUCAUGUAAGGAAUAUCGAUCUGAUUAAUUGCGAUCACACACGAUUGAUCCACAGAUCCUCUGCAUAUCUGUGGCGAUAACCUUUUCAGAAUCGUUACUGCAUGGACGCGUAAUCUGCUAGCUGCUUCAAAUUUGGCUAUAUUUCAACGCGAUUGUCCAGCAUGAGUUUCUCUAGUAACGAACUGAAUUACAUCGUCUGGCGGUAUUUAACGGAGUCAGGGUUUGAGCACUCCGCGUAUGUAUUUUCCAUGGAAUCUAACCUCUUGGAUAGUGACAUUGACUGCACUGAAGUAGCCUCGGGCGCACUGGUCAUGAUGGUGCAGCGAGGGCUGUUUUACGCGGAAGCGGAAUUUCGUGCUAUGGCCAACCCUGACCAUGCUCUUCUGCUUGAGGAGAAGACGGAUACCCUCGGGCUCAUCGAAGCCGUCAUGACUGAGCCCCCUCUCAACAAGUUUCGUAUCGUGCAGCCGCCUUCGGCGAAUGAUAAUAAUACCAGCUCUGGUAUGGCUUCUCCCUCCAGAAAUAACGGUACAACGUUAGGCGUUCAUGGAAAGAAACAACAAGCGGCACAGCAAGCAUCCAGCUUGACUGACGUGACGACGCCGCGCAGUACAACGAGUGACUCUAAUGGAGUACGUCACACAGAUGCUCUAGAGUUCCCCGAGGAUAAAGUGCGAUUCCUAAAAUGUCAUAGUAGUGAAGUCUUCAUUUGUGCGUGGAACCCGGUAGAAGAUUUGAUGGCAUCAGGGUCUGGUGACUCAACCGCUAGGAUCUGGAACUUGGCUGGCUCGGAAAAUCCUGCAACACCGUCGCGAGAGUUCGAAGCACGCACUAAAGUUCUCAAGCACUGCACUUCUGGAGAAUCCGAGAAAGCUACGCAGCCAUCAAAUAAAGAUGUCACUAGCCUAGAUUGGGAUGCUGCUGGUGAUCUUCUGGCAACAGGCUGUUAUGAUGGAUUCGCUCGCAUCUGGACCGCUGAAGGGAGGCUUCGCUGCACCUUAGGUGCUCACAAAGGUCCCAUUUUUGCCUUGAAAUGGAACGCCAAAGGGGAUUAUAUACUGUCGGCGGGUGUGGAUAAAUCUACCAUCGUCUGGGAUGCAGUGAAAGGUCAGCAAGUUCAGCAGUUUCACUUCCACACAGCCUCUGCUCUUGAUGUGGACUGGAUAACAAAUGAUACAUUUGCAUCUUGCUCGACUGAUAAAUCGAUCCAUGUCAGCCGACUUGGAUGCGAUAAGCCAAUACGCACUUACCUUGGACACCGUAAUGAAGUCAACGCGAUUAAAUAUGAUCAGCAUUCUAACAGACUAGCUUCAUGUUCUGAUGACAUGACUCUGAAGAUCUGGUCCCUCCAGGAAGAUCAGCCAGUGUACGACUGGAAAGCUCAUGAAAAAGAGAUUUAUACUAUAAGAUGGAGUCCGCUUGGACACAUGCUUGCCAGUGCGUCGUUUGAUCAUACUGUUCGUCUUUGGGACGUUCGUCGUGGGGAACUUGUUCGUACGCUGUCACGCCAUAAUGAUCCUGUGUACUCCGUUUCAUUCUCACCGGAUGGGCGUUAUGUAGCCUCCGGUUGCUUUGACCGAUCUGUAUUCAUCUGGGAUAUCCAGACUGGUAAAUUACUACAAAGUUAUGUUGGGGAGAAACGAAAAGGAGGCAUUUUUGAAGUGAGCUGGAAUUCUCGAGGAGAAAAGGUAGCGGCAAGCGCCAGCGAUGGGACGGUCAUUUUGCUGGACGUGCGUCAUAUCAAGAAUCGGCUUGCCUAGCCUCGGUCUGCACCAUGCUUACUUAGCUUCUGUAUCAUCGAGUAGUCACUGUCCCAGUUGCGACGUUAGGUUACGAAGUACAUUCUCAGUGCAUGUGCAGGACUUUGCUGUGAAUUUUUGAUAUUGUGUAUUGUCGUCAUACAUUCUUGGAAUUUUGUUUGAUCUUUUGUUUUAUGUUUCAGAAUAUAUAUAUAUAUGUUCGAGCAUAGGCGUUAUGCUAUUACCUGACCUAGCGUCAGAGAUUCAUCCGGGUUGUUAUGUAUAAUCAUAUUCCAGUUUUUUAGUUAGGUUACUUAUCCUUACGUGUUCUUCGUAUGUUCACAUUUUCGCAUAUGUUGAUGCUUGAUUUUAUCCUUUUUCAAGUGAGUCCGAGCUAUCAAGAUGAGCCGUGUUUGCGGUCAACGGUUUGUAUCAUGUUGUCCCCGACCCUUCCAGCAUUUUCCUGUAAAAUCGUUUGCUGUUUGUGAAAGUCUUUUUCAGUUAUUAUUGAACUCUUUCUUGUGUCUCAUUUUUAUCGCAUGUAAAUGGUAUUUAUAUGUUGAUGAUUUAAAAGGAUUUUGCACUUUGUUGAUGCUCGGUGCAUCCUCCUUAUAAUCCUGAGUUUGUGUCACAUUUGUUGCUGUUAUCAUAAUGAACUUCAGUUCAAAAAAUCAUGAGCACAGCCAGCUGCAUAUGUUGAGUUCAGGCUCAAAAAUUCCAACACAAAUCCAACAACUCUGUCUCGCUACUCCAGUAGUUUUUUUUACCAAGACUGAGCUUCAUGAUACAUCAUUAAAAGCUGAG